AAAACGUCAAGUAAAAAGCGAAGUGUUCUUUUUUUUCUCUAUUUUUCUUCACCUAUUUUAUAACACAAAAUAAAAAUAAAUAAUUUUAAAUUAUUUUCUCAUGAAAACAAAAUAAAUAAUUUACUAUUAAAUAAUGUUGCGUAAAUCAGUGCAACAACUCCUCCGCCCCACCCGCCUCCCACAACACAUCUCAGUGGCAACGAUGAAAUUUCAAGAAUUCGAUCCCAACGAAGGCAAUCGUCUUUCUGACAAAAUCAAACGAGAAAUUGAAGAAUCCAAAAAAACCUUGGCAUGGCGAACACCCAUCGGCGACCGACCAGGUGAUUGGAAUUCAAAACUAAAAUCAUUUGCCGACAUGGAACAAACAGCCGACUACAUAACAAUGAUGCAAAAACCCAUUAAUCUUCGUCCGUCUGCGGUGAAAGCUUGGUGGGAAAGAAGAAAAGAACGAACAGAACGAUUUUUGCAACAAUAUGUAUCCGAACGUCAUGAACAAUUGGGCAAUGAAUUAGCAGCUGCACAUUUUAUCAUUUUCCGCGGAGGUUCAGUGAAAUUUCUUCACGAAAAAGAAUGGAAGAAAAGUGAUGAAGAAGGCGAGUAUAAUUUGCCUACGAAAUUCCAUCCAGCGUGGAAAGUGGAAGCUAUAAAGUGUGACUACAUGACUCUCUAUUAUGAGGGUUUAGAAAACAUUCGGUGUUUACCGCACUUAAAGUUUCUCUCAUUCAAAAAUGUAAAAACCUUCGACGAUUGGUGUCUUGAUCGAGUUUCCGGUUCAGAAUUUGUUCGAUUGGAAGUCUUGGAUCUUACCGGCACACAAAUGACCUGCAAUGGUCUACAAUGCUUGUAUAGAAUACCAACUUUGAAACUCCUCAUUUUAGACGAUCCAAAGGCAGAUCUAAAAAUGGAAUUGUCUUGUGCGUUGUUGGAAGAGGCAAUUCCUAAACUUAAGAUUAUCCCAUCGAAAGAUAUUCAUGGGGAAAUUGAAAAUAAUGAAACUAAAUCUUAAAAUAGUCAAACUAGCUCUUAAGUAUUGUUUUUAGAAUUGUUGUUGAAGAAAUUAUUAAAAUUUAAAAAGCUUUA